AUGAAUGCAUCAAGUCGGGUCGCUUUGAAGCGAACUCGUACCAUCUUCCUCUCGGACGGCCAGCCUCACUACGAGAACCUCAGCAGCAUUCCCGAACUGUGGUGGGUGUCGGUGAAGCUUACCGCCGAGGACCGCCUCUCUUCCGAUGAAGAAUUGAUGGAUCUUGUGGCUGACCGUUGCCGUGCUGGUGACUGCGCGGUCACCAACUAUGAUGCCUUGCACCACAAGCAGGAGCUUUGUAUCUCGUUCCCGGUUAUGAACUGUGACAAGGACCUUGCUACGCGAGGUUGGAUGAUUAUCGUUGCAGGACUUGCUGAGCACUACCAGAUGGAGAUUGCCGCCGGACGCCUUACGGUUGAUCGGGAUUAUGUUUUUGGGCCUAGGGUCUAA